UGUGAUAUGCUAAUAUUGACGAUAACCAUUAAGAAUUAUAUAUAAAUAUUUCUAAAAUACCAGAUGAUAAUGAGUAAAUAAAACGGCACCUCAAAUGAUUUUAUACACAGUUACACACCUCAAAUGGUAUUUUGAGUGGAAAACAAAUACAACGAACUGCAAAAACCGAGUUUGAAUUCUACUUGAAAGCUAUAAUAUUGUUUUCAACAGAUAUCACAACAAUAUGAAGUUUAGUGAAUUAUUUUGAGUGACCAGGAUAAUGACUAAUAUAACUAAUUAAAUAAUAACUAAAAUAAAACCGUAUCAUAUACAGAUUUUUAACCUUUUAACAGUACGUAUGAAGUAGUUUAGUUCGUUUAUAUGUAUUAUGUGUGAAAUACUACUUACUGAAAAGUAUUUUCAGUAAGGCGACGCACCGUAUUUUUAUGAUCCUCCUCCACGUGCGCACCGGCAGAACCCUCGCGGCGGGUCGUCCGUUUUUUUAAUUGAUUCCUCCAAACAAGUCAACUCCUUUCCUUAAACUCUGACUGCAGUUAAUCCCCCUUUUUGAAGCCGGCGUGUUGUCACGUGGACCCGGUAAGGUUCCGCUUUUUAACGGGCUCAUAGCUGCGAUGCUAACGGAGCGUGAGACGUUUAAGGAGUUAUGAGCAAAUAUGGAUGCGCGUGAUUCAAGGCUACUCUGCUGGUGCACGCGCACGUGCACGUGCGAGGCUCCGACCAAUGCUCCAAUUUUCUUUUGAUUUAACUCUAUUUUAUGUAACACUAACUUUGUAUUGAGCUAAACUCACUUAAUUUCACCCUUGGUCCCUCGUGCUGAUUUUCUCAAAAUGAACAGUCCAAUGUGUUUUGUUGUUUGUUUACAAGAGCUCCAACAUGGCAAAAGCGCCACACAGCGAGACGAGGGGCCGAGGUGCCGUUUCGCCCCCGGACGAAUCUCCCACAGUCGAUUUCCUGACUCCGUCCCGCCGCCUCCUCCUGGAAAUCCCCGCUGACACCAACACCAGCGUCCCGGUGUGGGAGGCCAUGACGUCCCGGCAGGUCGACGUCGCCUGGGCCGUCAACCCUUACAGCGUCUGCGUCCGUUUGACCCCCGUGACCUCCCAGCGAGGCGAGAGUACGACUCUGGCCCGGGAGAACCAGGGAGAACCUGCGAACCCGACACCAGCCGCCUCCGCCGUCUCCCCGCCUCUCGUCGCCACCCAGCCACAGCCCGCCGCCCCGCCCGGCGUCCAGACCCGGGCGGGGCGGCUGCGGGCCCUGUUCCAGCGGCCGCUUCCCCCCCAGUUCCACACCAAGCGCUCCUCCGACAUCCGGGUGUGCGUCCGCUUCCUCAGGGGUUCGUGCCGCGCGGGCAGCCAGUGUACGGAGCACCACACGCCUUACCCGUUCCACUGGCAGCUGUGGCUUCGGAGGGAGCGCCGGUGGGUCGACGUCGGCCAUCGCUCUCAGGUCCUGCUGGAGAGGCACUACUGCAACGUCGGGCAAUCGUCCGUCUGCCUCCACGACAGCAUUUGCCGCUGCACUCUGACCUUUGACUUCAUGGAGGUUAAAGGCACGGCUUAUUACAGCGGCGUCAGACGACUCGCCAGCUCCGACAGCGUGGUCGAGAACCCGUACUUCACCAGCAAAUGGAAAGUCUACUGGUGGAACAGCAAGGACUGGGAGGAGUACAACCAGGAUGUGUCCGCUUUUCUGCUGCAGAAGAUCACGGAGGAGGACGUCAGCGAGUGCGUCUUCCAUAUCGGCCGCCAGGAGUACGUGUUCCACGUCGACGCCAUGAGGCAGACCAACGUCACCACGGGGUUCAGCAGAGAUGUUCGCUGUAGACCCUCCUACUGCUCCCCCGAUUCCAUGCGGCCUUACCUGCGGACCUUGAUCCCGACUGAGCCUGUCGGAGGUCCUCCUGGGGAGAACUUCAGCGUGGACCCUCUGCAGGAGUUCACCUCCUGGUAUCCUCCCGUGUGGUGUCUGGAGUCGGGGCGGGACUACAGCUUGGUGGACCUCCCGGCCGGCACACGGGCCCACCGCAGCGUCCUGAAGCUCUUCCACGAGAGCCUCCCUGAGACCGUGGUGGACAUCGUCAGCAUCCAGCAGGUCCAGAACCUCCUCCACUGGGACAAGUACCAAAGGCACAAAGCGCACAUGCAGAAGCAGCACGGCGAGUCCGAGGAGCCUCUGGAGCGCCACCUCUUCCACGGGACGACCAGAGACGCCUCGGGCCACAACAACUUCGACCCCCGCAUGGCCGGGUUCAACGGGGCGUCCUACGGUUCCGGCUGCUACUUCGCCCGCGCCGCCUCCUACGCCCACCAGUACUCCGUCCGGUGGGGGCGGGACGCGACCCGCCGCGUGUUCCUGGCCAAAGUGCUGGUGGGGAAGGUGAGCCUCGGGAGCGAGGCGUACCGCCGGCCGCCGCCGCUCGACCGCAGGGCGAGCCGGUUCCUCCUCUACGACGCCUGCGUGGACGACGUGCACCGGCCGGGCAUCUUUGUGGUCUUCGACAGCUGUCAGUGCUACCCGUACUUUCUCGUCACGUACAAAGUGCUGCCCCGGGUCGUGGACAUCAGGUGAAGCGGCCGGCGGCGCCGUUGGUCGUCUGGCGUGGCGUCGAAAAGGGGACCCGUGAGGUUUUAUCACGUGCACAAAAUGUUCAGAUAAAAGCGGCACUGUGGAGACGUUCUACCGGACAACAAUGAAGACACGUUUAGGAGGCUGUUCAAAUGUCUUUCAGGAAAUGUUUUGUUUUAUUUUGGUUAUUUAAAGGUUUUACAUUGAUGGAAAUAAGUACUUUUGUUUUUUGAAUCCGCCAUGUUUAUGAAAACAGACUGUUGCACUCGUCUCCCCGUAUUUUAACGCGAUAAACCGGUUUGAUCCUCCCCUCGUUAUACUUUCAUCCGUUCAAAUAAAACUAUAUCAACAUGUCA